AUGCCCCUCCCAAACAUCACAGACUCUCAGACAGGAGGACUGCGUCUCUCGGUGAACUUCGACAGUCCCGUAGAUUAUCUCAUCUUUAUUUUUCAGAUUUUAUUCGCCACAGCUGCUGUUCUCAUAGCAGGACCUGUAGUCAUUAGCAUUUUAUCCACAAGAGCGCUUCACCUCCAGAACAGAUUUAUUUUCAUGCUCAACACUAGUAUUUGUGACACGCUGGUUGGGUUUUCAGUGUAUUAUCUCGGACUGUUUGAUGUUCAGGAGGGAUAUCCUUCGAGAAAUGGAACCUAUAAUUUGUUGCCUUCUCUCCUAGGAGUAAACAUCAUGACAUUUCUAUUUGCACAGUUUGACCGGUAUUUUGCAGUUUGCCACCCUUUCAUCUACACGCGCUUUAUAACUCGGCGAGUGGUCAUCUCUGCAAAUGUCUAUUGUUGGUUUCAUGUCUAUUCUCAGUCGAUCAUUUUAAUUUUCGUGCCCCUUUCAAAAGCUAUACAGCUGUAUGUUUUCAGUAUUGUCAUCUUACAGGUCAUUGUGUUCACCAAAGUGGUCAUGACUAUCAAACUGUAUGUUGUUGCCAGAUUCCAGCUGGAAAGAGACCCUCCCAGUGCUGACAAAGAGAGCAAAAAAGAAUCACUGAGAAUAAUCAUUUUUGUUGUCAUUAGCUUCUUGAUGCUGUGGUGUCCCUCUUUUGUUAAUAUUAUCAUCAGAUUUGUGGUAGGAGGAGGGCUGACGUUUAGGAACGAGGCCACCAAUCUUUUCGCCAUCAUGGCUCGUUUAAACGCUGUGUGCACACCGUCUGUGUAUAUCUGGGGGAGCCCGGCUCUGAGAGAGGCCGUGUGGGAAAAUGUGUGGAGUAAAAUCUGUAGCUGGAAACCACCAAAAAGGCUGGUUGGAUUUGCUUUAAGAGAUUAACUAACACUUUGUUUGGAUUGCGCAAAAAUCAAAAAUAUAAACUGUGUUUUAAAUAAGGCAGUAACAAUAACUGUAAGUAAGUAAACAAAGUACAAAGAUCAGCUAUAUUUGGCGAUAAAGAUUGUAUUUUCUUUUCAAAUUUGUGCAUUUAUUAUUUUCAUACUGAUUGUGGAAAAUCUCAAUAACAAUUUUACAGCUGUAUCUUUAACAACUGAGAAGGGACUUAAGUUCUAAGUUCAGUUUGGAAUCGCUUUAUUAACUGCAUCAAAUUCUGUUAACUGCAUGGAGAAUGGGUGCAUUCAUAUAAAAGCAAAGAACCUAAGGCAAAAAAUGCAGAAAUAUAGGGUAAAUACAUUUGAUUUGGGAAGAAAAUCCAACUUGCUGCAAACGGUUAUACCUGCAGAGUAAAAUUUAAAACUCAAACUGUGUUAUGUUGUAUAUGAGAAAACAUAAGCUGAAGGUCCAAUUCAUGACUGUUUAAGGACCUUUAAAGUCUGUUUAACUUAAACAGAAAUUAUUAAUUCCUAACCUUCCCUCAGAUUUGAAAAGUUCUAAUUUUCGAGAAUUAUUUUUCCAGAUUAAAUUACAAAGAAUCUCAGUGACCUUAUUGCUUGUUAUUUUAAUAAUGGGAGUGGCGGGAAGGAUCUCAAUUAGGGGUGAAUUACUGAAGGUGCAUAUAUUACUGCAGGUAAU